AUGUCUGAAGAAAAAGGAACCACACAAGAUAUGUGGACAUCUUAUAAAGAAUUACAGAAUCUUGUAGAACGAUACAUUACUUCUUCUUCAACAACUCAUGAUCUUCAUGAAUUUACAGAAACUCUACGUAAUCAUAGACAAAAUUUUUUAACACUUUUAGAAAAUCCUCCUCCAAAUAAAAACAGCAGAGAAGAAAUAAUAAAGGGAGCUACAGAUGGUAUUACACUUCCUGAUUUAGGACAUCAGUUAUUAUCAAAAGAAUUGGUUGAUGAAACUCUUAUUAUAUCAGAUAUGUAUAAACUUAAUGAGUUUAUGGCAUUAGAUCUUUUAUGCACUGCUCAGUUGCAAAUGCCUUAUCAUCCUAGUUUACCCAGAGGAUUAACAGCUAUUUUAUUAUAUUAUGAUGGGAAAAAAGCACUUACAUCAACUUUAAGAAUGCUUGUACAAGCAAGAAUGGGACAUAGUUGGAAAAUUGAUGCUUCACUUGCUCUUUUGAGACAUAUUACAGAAUAUAUGAAUAAAUUACAAGAUGAUUUAUUAGAUAGAAUUUUAUCAUUGUUAGAAAAAAUGGAUCCUAUAAAAGAACAAGAAUUAUUGGAAAAAAAUCGAGCCUUAGGUGGACCAAAACAUCGAUAUAUGGUUAUGAAACUUUAUAAUGAUUCUAGACAAGAUUUGGCAGACAUUUUAUAUUUGUGGUCUGCACAAUCUUCAUUGCCAAAUUCAAUUUUAUUUCGUUUAUUAUCUCUAUUACAAACAAAACAAAUUGGACCAGAAGCCUAUGAAGAAGGUCCAGAUAAGGUCACACUUGCUAUUAUAAUGAGUGUGUUAAAUGCAAUCAAUUUUAGUUCAUUUUCUACUCGUGAGAAUGGUGAAGAAUUGAUUAAUUCCAUGCCAUUAAUUUUGGAAAGAGGAGCACAUGAAGAACUAUAUCAAAAAUUAAUAACACCUAAUAUUAAUUGGGAAUGUGCUGGAUUACGUGGGAUUAUACAAUUUGCUUUUGCAGUUGCUCUCACAACAAUAAAAACUGCAGCUAACAUACAAAUUUUGAAUAUUACCACAGAAGAUGAGAGAUUGUUGGAAGCAGCUUUAACAAAUAAAUGUUUUCAUUUCAUGGCGGAAAUAUUAUUUAAGAACAAAAGCAUAUAUUACGAAGAAUUUUAUCUUCGUUAUUUUCAUUCUCUUAUUUCUGAUUUUAUAUUGCUGAUGCCUUUAAAAGUUAAAGAUUUACGAAGUCGAGCAGAUGAAUCUAUGCGUUUGAUUCAGGCAUAUCAACAAGAGGGUAUUGAACCACCUUUAAAUUUAGAUAAUCAUUUUGAAUAUUUAAUGUUAACAAUAGCAGAAUUAUAUAAAGAAGAUCCUUUAAAACUGAAGUUAGUUAAUGAUUAUUGGUGUUAUACUGAUUCCACGCAUACAUCCGAUUCUGCACAUAUUAAGCGCUCACUUUCUAGAGAAGUUGCUCUUUUUAAAUUCGUACGUCUCGCAGGUGAAAUAUUACCAGCAGGAUUAUUUGUGCCAUAUCUUAAGAUGAUCGCAUCUCUUGCAUGUUCUCCUGAAGCAGCAAAGCAAGCAUUUAGUUUUUUAAAGCCAAAUGGAUCUUCUGGAUCAACAACAAUUUCUUGGGAUCACUUUUUCAAAUCUUUAAACCUGUACUAUGAUAAUCUUAGAACUGAAUUGCCUCCCAGUCAGGAUACUGUUUACCGUCAAAGAAGCCAUCCCAAAGGCAUUACACCUGAAGAAGUUAAAGGUCUUGAAGCAGUCUUAUUGGUUGUUCGAGUGAUUGCAAAAAAUGACAUAGAAGAUAGAUUAAGAAGAGAUAUAUAUUAUCAUCCAGGAUGGAAAGUAAUACCAUCUUUGAUAGGCUUAGUCAGUUGUGGAAUAUCUAUUCCAUUGAAGAGUGUUUUAAUAAGAACACUUGCUGCAUUAGUAAUGUCAUCUGAAACUUCAUUCACAGUAUGGCAAAGUUUAGAAGCUGCACAAAUAGUUCCAAAUAUACCAACAAUAAGCAGCUAUCAACCAAGAGGAGUUCAAACUGAAUUAGAAGAAAUUGAAUCGAAAAAAGAUGAAUAUCCAUUAACGCGAGCAAUGCUUGAACUUUUAGAUGUUCUCACUAACUUUCCUAUAUUACGAUUAUCGGGAAUGGGGCAGCGUAAUCCUGGUUUUGAUCAGUACUUGCGUUUUAUAAUUAAUACUGUUUUUUUAAAAUUUCAUACACGAUCAUAUAAAAAUCCAGGAGAAAAAUGGGAAGUUUCAGAAGCUUGUUUAAAAAUAUUUUUAAAGCUUAUUAAACAAUAUGAGCCUACUGUAGAAGAUUUUACUGGAUGUAAAGUGGAACUUCAAAGCGGAGAAGUUACAAUGGUCAAUUCUGGUUAUUACAUUAUGACUCAAUUACAUUCCAAAUCUGAAUUACUUCAUGUUAUAUUAUAUAUUCUUGAUAAAGGUUGCACUAAUUUCGAUACUUAUGAACUUUUUCCUGGUAAAAAAAAUCUUGAAAAUAGCACUUUGUAUUGUUUGGAAAUAUUAGAAAGAGGAUUGAAUACACAACAUAACUAUAUGGCUCAAUCAGCUGCUGCAAAAUCUAUACAUACAAUUUUGACCGGAUUAUCAAGAUUACUUUUAGAAGUGGAUCCACAAUCAAAAAGGCCUGAUUAUAUGAUAAAUAUUGCUAAAUAUGUUUCGUACAGUUCUUGGCUUCCGCAACAUGCAUUUCACGCUGUCGGUAUUAUUUAUGAAGUGACUAAUGAACCAGGAGCAGAUUCUGAGUUACUUUCUAUGUUUACAGCUACUCCUGCUUUAGCUACGAAUAUUCGACAUGGUUUUGUGGAAUGCUUGGAUGCAGAUGAAGAUACUGAAAAUGAAAAACAAUAUACUGGUAGUUGCAAAAAUCGGAUUUUACUUUUAAUGAUGCAAAGCCUUAGAAGACCUACUCCAAAUCUCUCUCACUAUUUAUUAGGCUUUGAAAUUACUAAAGAUAUCAAAAAAACUGUUUUACAACAACCCGGUAUUCUAGGAUUUCCUCGUACAUGUUUACAUUCAAUAUUAGGAAUUUUAGAACAAUCUCUUGAACGUGGUCGUGACAAAAUAACAGAGGCUUGUUAUUGUCUUCUUUAUAUGUUAGCUGAAAACAGCAAGACAUUUGUUUCAGUUUUAAGAUUUUUACGAACUAGUGCAAAUCAAGAUUUUAUACAGAGACAUCUUUCAAAAUUACCAUUUGAAGGAUGGAACACAAUAAUAGAACUUGGUUGCAUGUCAUGGUUAUUGAAAAUAGCCGCAAUUGAAUUACGAGUUGCUGGUGGAAGUUCACAGAAUUCUUUAAUUCAACGAUUAGUUGGAAACUUUGGUCAAGAAAAAGGACAAAUUGUACCAUCACAGAAACUUCUGAUGGAUCUUUUGCAUUAUAUUGAAUUUCAAUUUCAAUUGGAGUCAUCUUUAUGUUUAGAUUUCUUUGAUCCAUCACAAGUUGAAAUGGUUUUUGCACGAUGUAGUGUUCCCGUUGCGUUAGUAGGAGGUCCUCGACUUAUAGAAAUUAAAAAAUUAUAUUCCAUUAUCACUGAGGAAUUAGCUGUUACUCAAAGUAGUGCAAUUGCUACUCAACGUAACCCUAUGCAAGAUGAAGUACAGAAAAUUUUAAAAUACGCUUUAGAAAGAAACCAAACAAAAUUAUUAUCUUAUGCUACAGUAAAAUUUUUAGAAGGUUGGUGUCAAACAACAGAAAUAUUAUUUUGUGUUGCAACAAAUCAACAACUUCCUACACCUCAAAAACAGAAUUUACUGUUGAAUCUAUCCCAUGAUUUAUUACAAAAGAUGACAUCUUGUGAAGCUUUAAGCGAGAUUAAAACUUUAGUAUCCGGAACAGUGCUGAUGUUAUUAGUACAUCUGCGAAAUAGUUUCAUCACUCAAACAGAUAGUGAGUCAUUUCCUUCAUCGCCCUCAAAUGCAACAAUGAUGAAAAUUAUUUUGAGUCAUAUUUUGCAAUGGAUUUUAAACGCAGGAGCCUCUUCACAAAAAGUAAUUACCCAUUUAUAUGCGGUAUUAUUGAAUUUUCUUUGCGUAGUCGGUUUAGAAAAAUCAGAAAACACGAAUAUCAUUGAUUUAAUGUAUGUUAAUCAGUUAGAUAGCUCAAUGAAUAGAGUAAUGCCUAUUCAGGAACGUUCUCAUCGAUACGCAACGAUACAAGUAAUAAACAGUUUUGGAAAUAAAUUGAUGGAUAUUUUAUGUCAUAAUUGCUCGGGUGGUCACGACGUAUCUAAAAUGUUGGCAUUAUCUUGCUUGGAUAAGAUAUUGGAAUUAGAUUAUGAUAACGCUUGGAUAAUAUAUUUAACCAGUAGAGGAUAUUUAAAGCACAUGAUAGAAAGUCUUUUAGAAUCUGAUAAAAUGUUACAAAAUAUGUUACAUCCAGAACCUCAGACAUUAAGACCAUUAUAUUUAUAUGAAGCAAAGAUGGCAACAUUUUGCAGAAUGGCCUCUACAAGAUUAGGUGCUGAAAGUCUUUUGGAGAAUAAAAUUCUAUCGUGUAUGUCAAGUAUGACAGCUUUUAAUUACCAUCCUGAUGUUCCAUUAGGUUUUUCAGUAAGAAAUCCUCAUUCCUUUACACCUUCUCCUGGUCAACGUUAUCAGCAAAUCCUUUUGCCUGCUUUGUAUCUUUGUGAUGCUUUGCUUACCACUCUUGGAACAGAGAAUCAAUCAUGUGCCAUACAAGUUUGUGGUUUUCUACAGAGCCAUCGAGGCAUUAUCGAAAUGGUAUUACGAGAUGCUUAUCAGGAACCAAAUGCACUUAUUUUGAAAGAAAUGGCUUGUCUUACAGGUGUAAUAUCUCGAUCUGCGAACAUUGACAUGUAUAAAUUAGUAGAUGAAGAAUUGGAUAAAGCUGAUUUUGAAUUAGAAGAUGUUAGUGGUAUAAGAGAACUUCGUGCUCAUCUAUAUCGAUUACAAAGAUUAAUGUUGGCAUUAUUGUAUAAAUUCCAAUUACAGCCAGCUCCUAGCUGUUUAAAUCACAAGAAUGUAGAGGAAAACGAAAAACAUAUUUCUCGUGUACAAAUAGUUGCAAAUAUUAUGUUAUAUACUCGAAACCAGAUGCAGCAUAAUAGAAUGGAUCAAAAAAUAAGAAACGUACUUUUUGAGCCUCAUUUAACUCUAAAACCAAGAGGAAGAGAAGAUAGAAUAAAAGACACAUCUGGAGGAGUACAUUUAGGAACAAUUGUCGAUCAACUUGUGUCUGUCACGAAUUUAUUAGAUACUGAAUUACUUCAAAUUGACACUCUUAAAAAACAAUCGGAAAGCGUUGGAGAAAUGAUUAUAGACAAAUUAAAAGACUAUAUGUCCGAAGAAGAAGCGGAACUCGAUGUACAGAAACAACGAGUUAUAGUAAAACAACGAUUGAAUCAUUGGGUAAAAGAAAAGCAUCAAAUCAUAAAAUAUUGUUUUCUAAUAAUAGAACAUGCAUUGUAUAUUCUUUGGAGUCAUUUGGAUUUUUAUAUGAUACAAGUGAUAUCACGGCAUAGUCGAAUGCAAGUAUCUUCAGGAAGUAUAGAUGAAGAUACAGUGACAUGGAAAAUAUCUUCAGAAACUUUAAUGGAAUUAAAGCAAGGUCUUGUUUCUACAUUUACAGAUAGUUUUAUUACACAAUUAGUAAAUAUACAUAGUAAAUAUGCACUGAUGGAACAUAAGGAUAAGGAUUCCAUUGAAAGCCCAGGUCUUCAAUUUGUUGAAGCUCUUGUCAGAAGAAUAAAAAGAUUAUUACAGUUCACAUUUGUAGAAUAAUAUUGUGUCUAUGAUUCAAAUGUACAACAUAUUUUUUUACAUACCAGUGUAUUAACAAAUAAUUAUCCAAACUCUCAUAAACAGUAUUUAUUAUAAAAAAAGUUUUCAAUAAAUAAUUUCUGUAUAGAUACAA